CUUUUGUAUUCUUUAAUGACCAACAAUUGGAUUUCUUAAUUAAAUACUGAGAACUAGCCAAUUUAUCCCUUGCCAGUCAUUUUUUUUUGAUCAUCCUAAUAUCUUUCCCUCAAUUAUUCUAUUCCUGACUAUGGGUAAUCAGUGAAAUUUUUUCGAAAUAUUGGAUAUUUUGAUAGCAAAGGAGUUCUUUCGUCUCAAAAUCUGAAUAAUAUUCAUUACUUAAAGUGGUUCUUUCGAUCAUUCAUCGAAAGGAUACACUUUAUUUUUAAUUUGACCAAUUGAGAUAUCAGGAAACAAUAUUCUAAAUUUCUUCAUUCGAAGUGAAUUCUUAGCCUAUUUCUGUAUUCUUUCUAGAUUCAAAGACUAACCACAAAAUCACAAAGAAAAUAGAUUCAUAAGUUCGAUACCUUGUAUAAAACUCAUGUGUGUAAGAAAUAUUCGAUCGCAUAGAGUGUACGAAUGGGUUGAUUAACAAUUUACAGACGAAAAAAUGGCAAAAAAGAAAGCAUUCACUCCUCUUUUCUAUCUUGCAUCUAUAGUAUUUUUGCCCUGGUGGAUUUCUUUCUCAGUUAAUAAAUGUCUGGAAUCUUGGGUUACUAAUUGGUGGAAUACUGGGCAAUCCCAAAUUGUCUUGAAUAAUAUUCAAGAAAAGAGUCUUCUAGAAAAAUUCAGAGAAUUAGAGGAACUCCUCUUCUUGGACGAAAUGAUCAAGGAAUACUCGGAAACACAUCUCGAAGAGUUUGGGAUAGGAAUCCAUAAAGAAACGAUCCAAUUAAUCACGAUACAAAAUGAGAAUCGUAUGGAUACGAUUUUGCACUUCUCAACAAAUAUCAUCUGGUUUGGUAUUCUAAGCGGGUAUUCAAUUUUGGGUAAGGAAAAACUUGUUAUUCUUAACUCUUGGGCUCAGGAAUUCCUAUAUAACUUAAGUGACACAGCAAAAGCUUUGUGUCUUCUUCUAGUAACUGAGUUUUUUCUCGGAUAUCAUUCACCCCCAGGUUGGGAAUUCGCUAUACGCUCUAUCUAUAACGAGGUUGGAGUUGUUGCGAAUGAGCAAACUAUAACUAUUCUUGUUUGCAUCCUUCCAGUAAUUUUUGAUACAUGUUUUAAAUAUUGGCUUUUCCGUUAUUUAACUAGUCUGUCUCCGUCAAUUUUACUGAUUUAUGAUUCAAUAACUGAAUGA